GGUGGGGUUAACGACUGGGAGGAGGAGGGGGAAGCACCAACCUGUCAGCCUGUUACUCAGCCGCUGCCCGGGCCGCCGCGCGACGCUCGCACCUGCGCGGCCCCCGACUCACCUGGCCAAGCCCUAGGAGUCGUCGCUGGCGUCCGCGCUCCCGCCCCGACUGCGAUGUUCUGGUCCUAGCUGAGGCCUGAGAGGAUGUCUGGGGUGUCCGAACCCCUGAGCCGAGUAAAGGUGGGCACGUUACGCCGCCCUGAGGCCCCCCCAGAGCCCAUGGUGGUGGUACCAGUCAAUGUGGAAAAGGGGGACGUGCGCAUCCUCAAGGUCUGCUUCUAUAGCAACAGCUUCAACCCUGGGAAGAACUUCAAACUGGUCAAAUGCACUAUCCAGACGGAGAUACAGGAGAUCAUCACCUCCAUCCUGCUGAGUGGGCGGAUCGGGCCCAACAUCCAGCUGGCUGAGUGCUAUGGGCUGAGGCUAAAGCACAUGAAGUCAGAUGAGAUCCACUGGCUGCACCCACAGAUGACAGUGGGUGAGGUGCAGGACAAGUACGAGUGUCUCCAUGUGGAAGCUGAGUGGAGGUAUGACCUUCAAAUCCGCUACUUGCCAGAAGACUUCAUGGAGACCCUGAAAGAAGACAGGACUACACUGCUUUAUUUCUACCAACAGCUCCGGAAUGACUACAUGCAGCGCUACGCCAGCAAGGUCAGCGAGGGCAUGGCCCUGCAGCUGGGCUGUCUGGAGCUCAGGCGGUUCUUCAAGGACAUGCCCCACAACGCCCUUGACAAGAAGUCCAACUUCGAGCUCUUGGAAAAAGAAGUAGGGCUGGACCUGUUUUUCCCCAAGCAGAUGCAGGAGAACCUAAAGCCCAAGCAGUUCCGGAAAAUGAUUCAGCAGACCUUCCAGCAGUACGCCUCGCUGCGGGAGGAGGAGUGCGUCAUGAAGUUCUUCAACACCCUGGCCGGCUUCGCCAACAUCGACCAGGAGACCUUCCGCUGUGAACUCAUUCAAGGAUGGAACAUUACCGUGGACCUGGUCAUUGGCCCUAAAGGCAUCCGCCAGCUGACAAGCCAAGAUGCAAAGCCCACCUGCCUGGCCGAGUUCAAGCAGAUCAAGUCCAUCAGGUGCCUCCCGCUGGAGGAGGGCCAGGCGGUGCUGCAGCUGGGCAUCGAGGGCGCCCCCCAGUCUCUGUCCAUCAAAACGUCCUCCCUGGCAGAGGCCGAGAACAUGGCUGACCUCAUAGAUGGUUACUGCCGGCUGCAGGGGGAGCAUAAAGGCUCGCUCAUCCUUCAUCCCAAGAAAGAGGGCGAGAAGCGGAACAGCCUGCCAAGGAUCCCCAUGCUAAACCUGGAGGCUUGGCGGUCCCACUGCUCAGAAAGUUGCAGCGUAGAGUCGGACAUCUAUGCAGAGAUUCCAGACGAAACCCUGCGGAGGCCAGGAGGUCCACAGUAUGGCGUCGCCCGCGAAGACGUGGUUCUCAAUCAUAUUCUUGGUGAAGGCUUCUUUGGGGAGGUCUACGAUGGGAUGUACACGAAUCACAAAGGGGAGAAAAUCAGUGUGGCCGUCAAGACCUGCAAGAAAGACUGCACUCUGGACAACAAGGAGAAGUUCAUGAGCGAGGCAGUGAUCAUGAAGAAUCUUGACCACCCGCACAUUGUGAAGCUGAUCGGCAUCAUCGAAGAGGAGCCCACUUGGAUCAUCAUGGAAUUGUAUCCCUACGGGGAGCUGGGCCACUACCUGGAGCGGAACAAGAGCUCCCUGAAGGUGCCCACCCUCGUCCUGUACUCGCUGCAGAUUUGCAAAGCCAUGGCCUACUUGGAGAGUAUCAACUGUGUGCACAGGGACAUCGCUGUUCGGAACAUCCUGGUGGCCUCCCCUGAGUGUGUGAAGCUGGGUGACUUUGGCCUUUCCCGGUACAUUGAGGAUGAGGAGUAUUACAAAGCCUCUGUGACUCGACUCCCUAUCAAAUGGAUGUCCCCUGAGUCCAUCAACUUCCGCCGCUUCACGACAGCCAGUGACGUCUGGAUGUUUGCCGUGUGCAUGUGGGAGAUCCUGAGCUUCGGGAAGCAGCCUUUCUUCUGGCUGGAGAACAAGGACGUCAUUGGCGUGCUGGAGAAAGGGGAUCGGCUGCCCAAGCCCGACCUCUGUCCGCCUGUCCUGUACACCCUCAUGACACGCUGCUGGGACUACGACCCCAGUGACCGGCCCCGCUUCACAGAGCUCGUGUGCAGCCUCAGUGACAUUUACCAGAUGGAGAAGGACAUUGCCAUAGAGCAGGAGAGGAACACUCGCUACCGACCCCCCAAAAUCUUGGAGCCAACUAUCUACCAGGAACCCCCACCCAAGCCCAGUCGCCUCAAAUACAGACCCCCUCCGCAAACCAACCUGCUGGCUCCCAAGCUGCAGUUCCAGGUCCCUGAGGGUCUGUGUGCCAGCUCUCCUACGCUUACCAGCCCUAUGGAGUAUCCAUCUCCCGUUAACUCACUGCACACCCCACCUCUCCACCGGCACAAUGUCUUCAAGCGCCACAGCAUGCGGGAGGAGGACUUCAUCCGACCCAGCAGCCGAGAAGAGGCCCAGCAGCUGUGGGAGGCCGAGAAGGUCAAGAUGCGGCAGCUGCUGGACAAGCAGCAGAAGCAGAUGGCGGAGGACUACCAGUGGCUGCGGCAGGAGGAGAAGUCCCUGGACCCCAUGGUGUACGUGAACGAUAAGUCCCCUUUGACCCCAGAGAAGGAGGCCGGCUACACGGAGUUCACCGGACCCCCGCACAAGCCCCCGCGGCUGUGCACACAGUCCAUCCAGCCCACAGCCAACCUGGACAGGACCGACGACCAGGUGUACUCAAACGUCAUGGAGCUGGUGCGGGCUGUGCUGGACCUCAAGAACAGGCUGGGCCAGCUGCCCCCCGAGGACUAUGUGGUGGUGGUGAAGAAUGUGGGGCUGACCCUUCGGAAGCUCAUCGGGAGUGUGGACGACCUCUUGCCCUCCCUGCCAUCCUCUUCGAGGACAGAGAUUGAGGGGACCCAGAAACUGCUCAACAAAGACCUGGCAGAGCUCAUCAACAAGAUGCGGCUGGCGCAGCAGAACGCAGUGACCUCCCUGAGCGAGGAGUGCAAGCGGCAGAUGCUCACGGCCUCCCACACCCUGGCCGUGGACGCCAAGAACCUGCUGGACGCCGUGGACCAGGCCAAGGUUCUGGCCAAUCUAGCCCACCCGCCAGCUGAGUGACGGAACAUGGGGCUACCCGCCUGCAUCUCCACCCCGACCCGUCCUGCACCUUCCCGCCUUGCCUUUGGUCAUGUGGUCUUCUUGGGGAGGACGGGGGGAGUCCUUCCCCUUGCUCUGCACGACCCCUCCCCACCUCACCCCAACUGUGCUGCUCAGCCUGCAGCUGGACGGAGGGACUCUGGGUAUGGACGUGGGACGCAUCUGAUGCAUCUGGUUCAGAGGGGGCGCUGGUGCUGGCCACUCCCUCCCACCCCAGCUGGGCGCUGGGUGCUGGCGCACCUCACUGGGGUCACAGCGAUGCCCCUAGCCACUGAGAUGGCUUCAUGCAUGGACAGGUGGGCCCAUUUGGGAGCCAAACUAUCCCUUCUCCUUCCUCUUCAGCCCUCGAGGGUCCCUGGAUGUACAGAUUGGCCAGGGAGGGGCUUUGUGUGGGGGGCAGGAGGCUAGUGAAUGAGGAAUGGUCCUGGCUUUCUUGUACAGUGUAUAUUGGAAUUUAUUUAAUGUGAGUUGGGUCUGGACUGACAACUGGGGGGGUGGGGAGUGAGGUGCAGUCCAGGAACAAGCUAACUAGGGAACGGGGCAGAGAUGCAGCUUUUUAUCAAAGCAGCCAUCGGGGAAGAAGCAGAGAGACAGCGGCCAAAACAGGACUCGGGACCACACUCUGCUUUCUUCUGCCCUCGUUUCUCUUUCUCCCUUGGCUGUUCCCUCGCCCCCUCCCCUUCUUACUCCUGUGCUCUCUCCUUUCCUCACCUGCUCCGUUCCUUUCUCAAGUGUUUGUGUAGAACAUUCUUUUACCUUCUUUCUAUCUGACUUGUGGUUGAAUUAAAAUUGUACCAUUUG